ACUAAACUAACUUUAGAUCCAUGUUGUGCAUCAAAGGGUUAAUAAGUUUUAUUGACGCAUAAGCUUGUUUUACCAGUGGACUUUAAAACGUAUUAAGGUGUAAUAUAAUAUAAUAGUCUGCAUGCUGGUAGUUGCGGCCCACGGCAGGUGAUUUCCACUCUGCAGAAACACGUCACUUCGUUGGAAACAAAUCAACCUGUCGAUAUUUAUAUAAGCCCCGCCCACUCUGCACGUUGACCAAUCAGCGCAGAGCACAGGUUCCCUCCUCACUUUGAUAUAGAAGAGAGCUUCACUGCAACACAGCAGAACCUGAGAGGAUAUAUACAACACAGACAGAGUCAGAUCUGUAUGAAAGUUUAUAUUUAUUGUGAUUAUUUACUGUCCUCGUGAUGAUAAAGCGAACCGCGCGGCUGAGGAACCAGCUGCCCACCUGUUACUAUGAAGGUUACCUGGAGAAAAGGUCCUUCAAAGACAAGACGUCUCGGAAGCUGUGGGCCUGCCUGUGUGGAAACACCUUGUUCUUCUUCAAUGAGAAGAGAGACUCUGAUUACACGGAGAAAGUGGAUCUGGAUGGAUUCAUCUCAAUAACAGAUGACGGCAGCCAGGAUCGUAACCUGGACGCAGCCAGACUCAACCUCCAGAUGAAGGAUAAAAACAUCAAAUUCACUGCUCCCAAUGCAGAAGCUCGUGAGCUGUGGAAGGGUUAUAUCCACUCUGUGGCGGAGCUGUCUGUCCCGUCCAACCUGAACCUGCUGCCGGGUCAGAUCCACAUGCUGAAGGAGACGGUAGAAAAGGAAAAGGAAAGAAUAAAAAACGCGCCUCCACCUGCAGCCGUCACCAGCUGCGGCGCCUACAUCAGCCUGGAACCAGACAUGCCAGCUUGUUACCACAAAGUUUCCCGUUUGGAGGCGGAGCUUCUGCUGGAGAGAGAAGCCAAGAAAGGAAACCUGCUGCUGAGACCGGGGAGCAGUGGGAGCUCCUUCGCUGUCACCACCAGACAAGACGUGGAAGGCCCUGUAUUCAGACAUUACCGUGUGACUCGUAUAGCUGGAGGAGGAUUCGCCAUUGAUGUGGACAAUCCAGUGCCCUGUGCGACGCUACAUGAUGUCAUCAACUACUUAGUGGGAAAAACUGAAGGCGUUCUGAUUCCUCUCAUCUUGGAGGAAGCGUACGAGAAAAACAUCUUUUGCAUUCGAGCUAAUAAUGAGAAUGGAGAGAGAGAGAGCGUGCUGCAGGCCCCGUCAAACCCUGCACCACCACUCUUACCCCGCAGACCAACAGAAAGAAUAGCGACACCUGAACCAGCAGCAGAACCAGUUGAAGAGAUCUACCAGAACAUGGAAGAAGUCAAACACAGAGAGGAUUCCUCAGCCGCCCCGCUGCCUCAACUGGAGAAUAAACCCACAAAGAAAGCAAUUAUGCCUCCGAUACCGACUCCUCGCAAAUUGUCUGCUUCUGCAAUAUCCUCCUCGUCCUCCACCUCGUCCUCCACCUCGUCCUCCACCUCGUCCUCCACAAACAGCCGAGAAAUUAGGAAGAGGACCAUAACAGACCCUCAGGGACAGAUUUCUCUGGCAGCGAUAUCAGAGCUGAAACUCAAGUUUCAACAGACCAAAUGUCAAGAGUGACCUCUGCUGGUGGAAACCUCUCAAAGCAUCUGUGAACAUCUGCCUCACCAGUGUAGAGCCGCUCCAUGCACCAGUCUGUCCCAGUAACAGAACCAACACCUGCAGCUGAGGACCAGCUGUCUGCACACAAACCUCCUCUGCACCUCCUCCUCCUCUGCACCUCCUCCUCCUCUGCACCUCCUCCCCGGCUCUCCUCCUCCUCGUCAGCUGGCUGUCGGCAGGAGAAGCCUCUCCGAAGAUUAACACUUUAUUGAUUCACCCGUUCUCAGACACUCGUUAGCAGAUUAAUUGGCUGUAACGAGGAGUGUACACGUCACAUUAUUCACUGUUUCUCUUGUACAUUUUGCACAUUAACCACUAACAAUGUUGUACAUUAUCCUGAUCUGAUUUUUUAUAUUGUUGUCUACUUCUUAUAAUCAGCUGUUAAGUUGUAUUGUAUAUAUUUUUACAUAGCUAAUUUAUAUAUAUUGUGAAACACCUAUUACUGCCUCUACACAGUGAAGUUUGAAAGACAGAAAUGAGUUUUCUUGGUGUUAUUGUACCUACUGUAUGUGAAUGUAUUGUAACUCUUGCUCCGUCACAUGAAAUCAUAUCUGUGAACAAGCAACUUCUAGUAUGUGCUAUGCAACAUUUAAAAAAAACAACGAUCAGAAACCAAUAAUGAAGUCCUGUAUGUGAUCUAUUUUCUGUGUUACAACUUGUUUUUUUUAUUCCAUUUGUUUCUUCCUCUGUUUUACUUGUAUUUGAAGCAGAAAUCCAAGAACAAAGUGCUCUCACUCCUUUAUUACCUCAAUGACUGAUAGUGGAAAAAUUAAACUAUUUACAAUAAAUUGUGAAAUAAAGUUAACAUAACUCUCGGCUUCUUUAAAGCAUUGCAGGCUACAGUUAUUCAG